CUUUUCACUUUUGGUUCAUUUUCGUCGUCGUCGCCAAGUUUUUCCGUCCGAUCCCAAAAGCCACAGUCUAAUUUCGACCGCUGAGACAGAUAAAUACUAAAUCUCUAGAGCUGCUCCUAGAAUCAAUCUAGCGAAGGUGAAGUCAAAGUAGAGAACAAACUAUCUAAAAACUACACAAAAUGGCGAAAAAGGGGAAACCGAAAAAUGGACCUGCGAAGCCGGAUGCUGUUGAAACUCUCCCACCAGUGGAUGCUGCCAAACCCGUUGAAGAACCAGUUAAACCCACAGAAAACGUAGUAGCACAACCAAAAACCGUCGCACCAUCCGAAACCGAUAAACCCAAACCAGGCUCUCCAAAGCAGAAACAGAAGGCUCCGGCCAAACCUAAAGUGGAAACUAAACCCGCAGAAAACGUAAAACCAAAACCACAAGCACCCAAAGCGCCAGCUCCUGCUCAGAAUGGAGUCAACGCAGGAAGCACCACUGCCGAAGGGACCUCAAGUGAAGCGGAGGGAGCGGAUGCUCAGAAGAAAAAGCGCAACCGCAGACAUCGCAAGAAGAAGCCAAUUGUGGAAGGUCAGAGCGACCAACCCGUCCAACCAGCCCAGGCGGAUUCGAAACCCAAGAAGGAACACAAGAAGAAACGCGCCAAGCGACUGCGUGCGUUGGCACUGGCGGAAGCAGCCGCUAGCGCUCAGAUUGCCGCUGCUGAAGGCGCUAUUGCAAACGCCCCCGGAGAUGGAACGAAACAGGCCGAAAAUGUGGGACAGAUUCAGAAGAAGAUUGAAGUUGCCUCAAAGGUGCUUCAACAGGUCCAGCAGCAGACGCACGAAGAACAGAAGAAGAUUGAUAAUUUGAAGCAGGAACAAUCGCCUAAACAAGCACAGAAGAACAACAAACAGCAGUCGAGAAACAGAAAGGAUUCGGACAAUCAGAAGGUCGCUCAGAAGGAAGCUGAAGCAAAGAAAAUCGCCGGAGAAAAGCAGGAAAUCCAAAACGAAGCUAAACGACUACAGGAGGAGAAAGCCAAGAAGCAACAGGAGCUGCAAAAAUUGUUAGCUGAAAAGGCCCAGAAAGACGAAGAGGCUAAGCGUCUGAUCGAGGAGAAACAACGCAAAGAAGCGGAAGCAGCCAAGCUCAUUGAACAGCAAGCGCGCAUCGAAGCUGUUGAGCAGAAGAUAGAAGAAUUAGACCAGAAGAAAGCAGAACCGGUCGCCAAGCCGCAGCAGCAGCAGCAACAAGCACGAACAAGGAAGGACUCGGAAUCUAAUAAGCAGAAGAAACAACAGCAGCAACGUGAACGAAAGGAAUCAGAAUCCACAAAGCAACCUCGUGAAAGGAAGGAGUCCGAAUCAACGAAGAAAGCCGCCGAAUUGAAGAAAGGGUCGGAGGUAAAAAGCGAACCAGAGAAAAAAGUGAACGGAGACGAAGAGAAGGCUGCGGCUGCUGAAAAGGCUGCCGCUGAGAAAGUUGCAGCAGAAAAAAAGAUUGCUGACGAGAAAGCCGCUGCUGAGAAGGCUGCUGCCUCAAAAAACGCUGCUGCUGAGAAAGCAGCCGCGGAAAAGGCUGCUGUUGAAAAGAAAGCUGCUGAGAAAGCUGCAGCUGAAAAAAAGGCUGCCGCUGAGAAGUCCGCUGCUGAGAAAGCCGCUGCCGAGAAGGCUGCCGCUGCAAAGAAGGCUGCCGCUGAGAAAGCCGCUGCUGAAAAGGCUGCCGCUGAGAAGGCCGCUGCUGAAAAGGCUGCUGCUGAAAAAGCUGCUGCCGAAAGAGCUGCUGCUGAGAAAGCCGCUGCUGAAAAGGCCGCCGCUGAAAAAGCUGCUGCCGUAAAAGCUGCCGCUGAGAAGGCUGCUGCUGAAAAGGUUGCUGCUGCAAAGAAGGCUGCCGCUGAGAAAGCCGCUGCAGAAAAGGUUGCCGCUGAGAAGGCUGCUGCUGAAAAGGUUGCCGCUGAGAAGGCUGCUGCUGAAAAGGCUGCCGCUGAGAAAGCCGCUGCCGAGAAGGCUGCAGCGGCUGCUAAGAGGGUUGCCGCUGAAAAAGCCGCUGCCGAAAAGGCUGCUGCUGAAAAAGCUGCUGCUGAGAAGGCUGCUGCUGAAAAGGCUGCUGCUGAGAAGGCCGCUGCUGAAAAGGCUGCUGCUGAGAAGGCCGCUGCUGAAAAGGCUGCUGCUGAAAAAGCUGCUGCUGAGAAGGCCGCUACUGAAAAAGCUGCUGCUGAGAAGGCUGCUGCUCUAAAAGCUGCCGCUGAAAAAGCUGCUGCUGAUAAGGCUGCCGCAGAAAAAGCCGUUGCACUAAAGGCUGCUGCUGAGAAAGCCGCUGCAGAGAAGGCUGCCGCUGCGAAGGUUGUCGCUGAAAAGGCUGCUGCUGAUAAAGCUGCUGCCGAGAAGGCUACCGCAGAAAAAGCCGCUGUCCUAAAGGCAGCUGCUGAAAAGGCGGCCGCUGAGAAGGCUGCUGCAGAUAAAGCUGCUUCUGAUAAGGUCGCAGCUCAAAAGGCUUCAGAAGAAAAGAAAAUCGCCACCGAAGGAGCUGAAAAAGCUGCUACAGAGAAGACUGCUGCAAAACCGAACCAGAAAGUCAAUAAUAAUAACAACAACAACAACAACAACACAAAAAAGAACAAAAGAACGCCUAAAAAUAGUGUGUCGGAAGACGAAAAAAUUACCGUUCCAAAAAACGUGCAAAGCAGCGAUUUUGUCUCAUCUGCUAAGCUUGAGCCAGUUGUAGCAAAAUCGCUAGAGUCCGCUGCUGUCACCGCUGUUGCCGCCGCUUGUCCAAUUGCUGCAUCGAAACCGGAAGAGAAAAAAACUGCCGCUCCUGAAGUGAAGACCCCAGUGAAACUGGCCCCAAGUGAUCAGAAGAAGACUCCUUCGCCACCAAAGAAUACCGGAGCGCCACCUCAACCAAAAACACCAUCCAAGUCUCCAGAAAAGACACUGCCCAAAGCAACCACACCUAUGUCAGUCAAAAAAGCUCCUUCUCCUCCCAAGUCAGUUCCUUCCCGAAGCUCUCCCAAGCCAAGCACCCCGCCAGCAACUCCCAAGUCAUCGAAAAAACCUGAACUUCCUCCCAAACCUGAAUUUCUGAAAAGGAAAUCACCUUCGGUGGAAAAAGAAAAACUGCCCGCCGCGAAGACGACUAGUCCACCUGCGAAUCUACCGACUCCUUCCGAAGCGGUGGCAACACAGGUACCUUCUGCAACCCCAGUUCCUAGUUCCGCUCCAGUACCUGUAAGCCCAGCUCCUGCAUCUCCCAAUGCCGAUGCAUCAACCCCCGAAUCCAAUGCUGUGGCUGACCGGCUAACAGAAGAAUUGAAUGGAUCUGCAGCGAAGAAACCGGCUGCCAGCAGCACCAAGGCAAAACCCCUUCCAAAAAAGCCCGAAGUUCCUCCUAAGCCCGACGUCCACAACAAGAAUGCAGCGAAAAUGAAGACCCCAAUCAAACAGCCAACCGCUGCCGGAUCGAAAGCCGCGACGUCUGAUUCCAGGUCCCCAGCCAUGGAGCAAAGUAGAUCAGAGGCAUUUAAGAAAAAUAUGGAGAUUAUUUCCACCCUUGCCGACAUCCUUCUUUCCUAUCCUAAGAAAAAGAAAAUUUCAAGCUCCCCAGAUAAUCCUGGUCCAUCCACCUCAUCAACACAAUCAGUCACAGAUACAGUAGACACUAUAAGCCCGAAUCAAUCGCCCGUAGAAGCUUGCCAAACGCAUGAACCAAAACCUAAGAAGCCAAAAUCGAACCUAAAUCUGGAACGCAUUCUAACGAUUCUGCAAAGUACAAACAAUUCUGCUACUGUCCGCAAUGGUGACACCAAAAGUCCCCUCGAUUCUGGUUCUCCGGAUGCGGUCGAAGCGGCAUUAGUGCACUCAUCAUCUGUUUCACCACCUGCAUCAGUGCAGAGUAUGCCAAGUGUAGAUCCACAACUCUCGCCCCAUCAAGCCCUUUUAACCAAAGAUGCAAUCCGUGUUUUGAUGCCUACCUUGCAGGAGGUGAACGUAAAGUUCAACGUUGAAAAGCAACUGGCGGCGCUCAACGCAACCGCAGCUGCCGCCAAGCUGAUGCCGAAGACUUUGCCGCCCGGCACCGAGACAACCGAGGAGGACGAGCUCGAGGAGGACUUUGACGAGGAGGAAGAAUCGAUCGAGUACAAGUUCGCCCCGCGACCGGUUUUUAUCGCUACCAACUGCCAAGUUUGCAAAAACCCCCUGAGGAACAUUGUACAAUGUGAGGAUUGUAGUAUGGUGUCGUACUGUAGUGAAGAGCAUCGACGGUCGGACGUAGCAGAACAUAAAGAUCUCUGCAGUGCCAUCAAGGAAUUCGCAACACGAAGAGGUGGACACAUCUACAAUAUGGCUCACAAGUUAACUAACGAGGAGUAUCGCAAUCUAAGGGUGCACACUCUGAACCAGUGCGAGCAGAUGUUGAAACGCCCUCUCCAGCCAUUCGAACGAGAGAUCCUUCUUUUCCCGCGUACCUGCUGUUCUCCUAGCUGUCGCGAAUGGAGGCAAGAUCUGCUGACCGAAUGCAAAGACUGUCGUCAGAUUUCCUUCUGCACCGAACAUCCGGACCACAUGUUACCCUCGCACAAUAAGUGGUGCCGAUCAUUUUUCCUCUUCCAGAAGCUCAUCCUUCGCCAGAAGAUUCUCGGCCGUAUCGAACCGGUGCUACCAAUUCGGAUUGCCGGAAAGUCGUUCGUCCUGCCGCCAAAUAUCGACGAAGUCAUCAAGUUGCUUUACAAAAAUUCAAAUGCACUCCGUGACGAAUGUGUCUAUGCAACGCUGACACAAAUCGCCACCGCACCCCUAACUGCCCUCUACGGCUACCUCCAGACUGGGCUGAAACCGACGGAGACCUUCACGAUCCAUCUGGUCGGGGCGGAGUUGCAAUUUGAAGGUGAUACCUUGGACAAGUGGGAAGCGUUCUUCCUUCACAUUGUGCCAGAGAUCACCGAGCUGCGCGUAGUUUUCGUGGGACCUGAACUCAACGCCGAGAAUCUUCCGAUCGAUGUUAUCAGCCGAAUCAGAAUGUGCCGAACCUGUCGUCUGAAGUGCCGCGCCGUUAAGUUCGACUUUCAGUGCAAACGAUUCUAUCACGACUAUCAACGGGAUUACUGCUACAAGAAACCGGACCUAAUCUGCAUGUUCAACCCCAUAAUGCACUCAAUGGCCGGGUGCGGUGGAUUUAAUACCUGGCCGAGCACGAUCAGGGUGGCCGCUGCCGCUGGAUGCCCAGUCAUCGUUACCUCCUAUACGGAACGCGAUUGCCCGCUGGACUUGAUUCAGUUUCAGAAAGAAGCCGGACGAAGCCUGGAAAUCGUUUCGCAGCCCCAGCUGAAUCCGUACGGUUCCAUACGACCCGAUCGAAACUUCAUCUCCGACGAAAUUGUGCCGUUGAUUUUCAAAAACUAUUAUUACUUUGUGCUGAAGUGAAACAAUGAAAACUUGCUAGGUAAUAAGUGCUUCUAGUAUUCUAAAACUGCGAAUCCAACGCUAGUGUUCUACUGUACUAACCCGCUAGUCCAAAUAGUCCCAGAAUGUUUCCAUAUUUUUCAAAACUUGAAUAUUAAAGAAAACAUUGUUGCCAUGAUUGUCGUGCAAUAAAUAUGAUUACAUUUUA